AUGGUUGAAUCUCAAACACGCGAAGAUUACGUUUACCUCGCCAAGCUCGCUGAGCAGGCUGAGCGUUAUGAAGAAAUGGUCGAAAACAUGAAACAAGUCGCUUCUGCUGAUCAAGAACUAACUGUUGAAGAACGCAAUCUCUUGUCCGUUGCCUACAAAAACGUAAUUGGAGCCCGAAGAGCCUCUUGGCGAAUUGUCUCCUCAAUCGAACAAAAAGAAGAAUCUAAAGGGAACGAGACUCAGGUUGGCUUCAUCAAAGAAUAUCGUUCAAAGAUCGAAGAAGAAUUGACCAAAAUAUGUGAUGAUAUCUUGGAGGUACUGGACAAUCACUUAAUUCCUUCAGCUGCUACCGGUGAAUCUAAAGUAUUUUACCAUAAAAUGAAAGGUGACUAUCAUAGAUAUCUCGCAGAAUUUGCUACUGGUGAUAGGAGAAGUCAAUCUGCAGACAAAUCCUUGGAUGCGUAUAAAGCUGCUAGUGAAGUCGCAGUCACUGAACUUGCUCCAACUCAUCCGAUUCGAUUGGGGUUGGCCUUGAAUUUUUCAGUUUUUUAUUAUGAAAUUUUGAAUUCUCCUGAUAAAGCCUGUCAUUUGGCCAAACAAGCAUUUGAUGAUGCUAUUGCCGAAUUAGACACUCUUUCUGAAGAAAGCUAUAAAGACUCAACAUUAAUUAUGCAGCUAUUGAGAGAUAAUUUGACACUUUGGACGUCAGAUAUGCAGGACAGCACUGAAAAGACCGAAGCUCCGAAAGAAGAAGAGACCACUGAGCCAAAAGAAGAAGCUUAA